AUGAGUCUUUUGGUCGAAGAUCAAGACCAGAAUGAUAUCGCAAAUGCCUUCCAUAUAUCAUUGGGCCAGAUUGAUUCUUUGAUAAACCGGCUCCAGAGCUUUAUGGACCCACUCGAUGAAGAAGCAAUCAUGGAGUUAAUGAAGAAAUGGAUCAAACAGAUUCUCAUUGUCCAGGAUGGAGCUUUUGCCGAUGUUGAUUUGAUGGGAUCUGUACGCAUCCUUUGUGAGAUUCUGUCAAUUGGACUCGUGUCUUUCUCUGGCUCACAUGUGUGCCGAUUUGAUGACAACUUAUGGGAUCAACAGAUGGAAGAGAUCCCUAUCAGUUUCAAUGAGUAUGCCUUCAAGCCUCGAAAGCUGGCUUGUCUGGAAGACUUCAUUGGAGGCCCUGCAUGGGUUCUAAGCAAAACUCGCACCCCAGCCGAGGUGCUUCAGCAGCCCCGUAGGCCAAAUGGAGGUUAUGGCCAGGCGCUACGGGAGACGCAAAAAACACAUGCUGGCGAGCAUCCCAUGGCAUUGAAGGAGCAACAAGAGCUGAGCCAACUGGGAAUGAAAGUUUCCUUCACCGUUCAAGAUCUUCAAGAAUUGUGGGGUCCUGUGUCGCUAGUGGGAGGCACUGGAGAUGAAGGACCCGUCAUUCGGACAGAAAGAGGUUUCAUCGUCCCGGUCCCAGGAAAGCGCCAGUCCCCAGUAUAUGGAAUUGAAUGCCACUGGGCGACCGAAAUCCCAGAUCGCCUUUUCAGGGAGAGCCGCAAUACUGUAAGGACUCUUUCGCAGGGAUCUCAGGGAGUAUUUUAG